UCGGAGAAGGCGAAGAGUCGGGCGGCGAGUUGUCGGCGGAGGUGCUGGUGUUCGCUUUCCUCUCGCUCCGACGCCCGUUAUACUAGCUGCGUAGUCGCUGCGCAGGAGCGCCCGGAGGUUUCCAGGAGUCCGGAGGGAGAGGACCGACCGGAGGAGCGAGUUUCUUUGCCCGCCUGCCUGGAGGAGAAGUUCAGCGGGACCGCGGAGCUGCUGGUCGCCAACAGGAAACUUUUCUGGAGCAGCCGGAGGAGGCAGAGCUCCGUCGCCGCCGCCGCCGCCGCCGCCGCGCGGCUGGGUUGCUCCACGCCGGGCUCGGGGAGUGCGAGUGGACUUGCGAGGGCUGCCUCGGCCCUGGCCGCGAUGUCCCUGGCCACGGACGCCGCGGGGCGGAGGCGUCGGGGUGUCGGCGGCGACUGGCCCUUGGCCGAGAGGUGGUUGCUGCUCCUGGCGCUGCUGGUGCUCCCGGGGACGCCCGGGACUCGGGCUUUCGUCUGCCUGCCUUGCGACGAGUCCAGGUGCGAGGAGCCCAAGAACUGCCCCGGCGGUGUCGUUCUGGACAUCUGCGGCUGCUGCUUCAUCUGCGCCCGGCAGCGCAACGAGACCUGCGGCGGCUUCUUCGGGCUGCACGGCGCCUGUGACCGCGGACUUCGCUGUGUGAUCCGCCCGCCGCUCAACGGCGAUUCUCUCACCGAGUACGAAGCGGGCGUCUGCGAAGAUGAAAACUGGGAUGAUCAGCUACUUGGAUUUGAGCCUUGCAAUGAAAACCUCAUAACAGGCUGCAAUAUAAUCAAUGGAAAAUGCGAAUGUGAUACUAUUAGGACCUGUAGUAAUCCCUUUGAGUUUCCAAGCCGGGAUACUUGCCUGUCAGCUUUAAAAAAGAUUGAAGAAGAAAAACCGGACUGCUCCAAAGCCCGCUGUGAAGUGCAGUUUUCUCCACGCUGUCCAGAGGACUCUAUUCUGAUUGAAGGCUAUGCUCCCCCUGGAGAAUGCUGCCCUCUUCCGAGCCGUUGUGUCUGCAAUCCUGCAGGAUGUUUGAGGAAGGUCUGCCAACCUGGCUAUUUGAAUAUACUGGUUUCCAAAGCAUCAGGAAAGCCAGGAGAAUGCUGUGAUUUCUAUGAAUGUAAACCAGUGUUCAGCGUGGACUGUAGUACAGUGGAAUGCCCUCCUGUCCAACAAGUUGCCUGUCCUUUGGAUAGCUAUGAAACUCAAGUCAGGCUGACAGCUGAUGGAUGCUGCACUCUUCCCACAAGGUGCGAAUGUCUCUCAGGUUUAUGUGGUGUUCCAAAAUGCGAGCCAGGCUUCAUCCCCCAAAUAGUGUCACGUGGAGACGGAACACCUGGCAAGUGCUGUGAUGUCUUUGAAUGUGUCAAUGAAGUGAAGCCAGCGUGUAUAUUUAAUAGCGUGGAAUAUAAUGAUGGAGACAUGUUCCGAAUGGACACUUGCCGGUUUUGUCAAUGCCAAGGUGGCGUAUCUAUUUGUUUCUCUGCACAAUGUGGCGAGCUACACUGUGAUAGAUACUAUGUACCAGAAGGAGAGUGCUGUCCAGUAUGCGAAGAUUCCAUUUCUCCAAUUAGCAACCCUGCAGGAUGUUAUGCUAAUGGUCAGAUUCAAGCACAUGGUGACCGCUGGAGGGAAGAUGAUUGUACUUUCUGCCAGUGCAUCAAUGGAGAGUCCCACUGUGUGGCCACAGCCUGUGGACAAAGUUGUUUGAAUCCUGUAAAGGUUCCAGGAGAAUGUUGCCCAAUGUGUGAAGAGCCAACCUACAUCACAAUAGGUCCACCUACAUGUCCUCCUCUGGUGAACUGUACACUAAAAGUGACAGACUGUAUUUAUGACUUCAAAGUAGAUCAAAAUGGUUGUCGCAUUUGUCAGUGUAAAACUAGGGAGGAACGGUGUACCGAUCUCAUGUCAGAUUGUUCCUUGGACUGUGACUUUGGUUUCCAAACUGAUGUCCAUAACUGUAAGAUCUGUCAGUGCCACCCACGGCCUAAGAAAUGCAAACCCAUAGUAUGUGACAAGUACUGUCCCUUUGGAUAUUUCAAGAACAAACACGGAUGUGAAAUCUGUCGAUGUAAGAAAUGCCCAGAGCUUUCAUGUGGGAAGAUCUGUCCAAUGGGCUUCCAGAAAAAUAAUCAAGGAUGUAAUAUCUGCAAAUGUGCUGAGAUACCAGCUUCCAUAAUACCACCUGCUAAGGUAGGGACUUGCUUAUCAGUAGAUGGGCACCGUCAUGAGAAUGAAGAAAGUUGGCAUGAUGGCUGCCGUGAUUGUUAUUGUCAUAAUGGACGGGAGAUGUGUGCAUUGAUUACUUGUUCUGUACCCAACUGUGGCAAUCCAACAAUACACCCAGGACAAUGUUGUCCAUCAUGCCCAGAUGAAUCCAUUGCACAGAAGCCAGAAAUCAGUGGUCCAACCAUCUGUUAUGUUCCAGGAGGAGAGUAUUUUAUGGAAGGAGACACAUGGAAUAUUGAUUCUUGUACCCAGUGUACAUGUCAUAAUGCAAGAGUCUUAUGUGAAACCGAAGUCUGUCCCCCUCUACUUUGUCGAAAUCCUACACGAACUCAGGACUCAUGUUGUCCCCAGUGUCCAGAUGAGCCUGUUCAGCCGUCCUUGUCAACCAAUAAGAGCAUGCCCAGUUACUGCAAAAAUGAUGACGGUGAUAUCUUCUUAACCGCUGAGUCGUGGAAACCAAAUGUUUGUACCAGUUGUAUUUGCCUGGAUGGUGGAAUCAGCUGUUACUCUGAAUCUUGCCCACCAGUAUCCUGUGAAAAACCUGUUUUGAGGAAAGGGCAAUGUUGUCCUUACUGUAUAGAAGACACAGCAGCAAAGAAGGCAGUAUGUCAUUUUAAUGGAAAAACCUACGCAGAUGAAGAACGUUGGGACAUUGAUAGCUGCACUCAUUGCUACUGCUUGCAGGGUCAGACGCUUUGUUCCACAGUUAGUUGCCCUUCUCUUCCUUGCGUGGAACCAAUUAAUGUGGAGGGAAGUUGCUGUCCCAUGUGCCCAGAAAUGUAUGUACCCGAACCUACCAACAUUCCAAUUGAGAAGACAAAUCAUAGAGGUGAUAAAGAACUAGAAGCACCAGUCUGGCCUACAUUCAGUGAAAAUGAUGUUGUUCAUAUCCAUAAAGAUAUGGGUCACCUUCAGGGUGAAUAUAGAGAAACUAGAGGAUCACAGCCAACUGCAGAAGCAUCUCUUGAUUCUCUUGCCUGGGUAACCGUACCCCUCUUAACAGCUCUAGUUCUUAUAAUUGCACUUUUGUUUAUCAAUCAGAAAAAGCAGUGGAUACCAGUAUCCUGCUACAGAACUCCAGCAAAGCCUUCCUGCUUAAAUAAUCAAUUAGUGUAUGUGGACUGCAAGAAAGGCACCAUGGUUCAGGUGGACAGUUCUCAGAGAAUGCUUAGAAUUGCUGAUCCAGAUUCAAGAUACAGCGGAUUCUACAGCAUGCAAAAACAGAGUAACUUACAAGCAGAUAAUUUUUAUCAGACAGUGUGAGAAACUGCAUCUCUUACCAAGAAGUUAAGAAGAAACAAAGGCUGAGUCUGCUAUUCAAAUAAAACUAGAAUCAUGCACUUGCUUAGUGGAUUGUAUUGGAUUUGUGACUUCAUGUACAGCUCUAAGACCUUGUUGGGAUUUACUCUGAUUCCUGCAGUGGGCCAGAACAAGCAUUCCCACUUCUGACCAAGUGUUUUUCUGGAACCAAAGUUUUAAAAUUUGUUGAUGUUUUGCUUGUAACAUAGUAAUCAUGAUUGUUUGGGAAGAGAAAACUGGGGUGAGCUUGUGUGGUUAGAACAAGAAGCUUCAAAGAAAAUAGCUGGUCAGCUUAGCUUGGAGUCAAAGAAUAUCGCUUUUUACUGACACUCCGAAUUGCAUUUAUUGCAGUGAAGUAUAAGCAGAACCCUAACACAAUUCAAAUCAGAACACUUGGGGUGCUUAUGCUGCAAAAAGUAAAUCUGUAGGAUAAACUAUUGCACAACAGGUGCAGGAUAGCUGCAGCUGUAUUUUUCUAUCUGAUCAGAAGCUGCAAUAGUAAAUGAAUGAUGCAGUAAGGAAAACAUGAAAACAAAAAGGGCAAAUUUGUGGAAAAUAAGUACAAUUAUGCAUUGUGCUGCUUUUUCUUUUUGAUGCUAAUUGACCAGACUGGCAGUUAGCAAAUGUAUAAUUCCUGAGAAGAGCACUGGAUCUUUUGGCAACAGUAUUGAAGGGGGAAGAGGAAAAGUUGAACACCGUUUGAUUCCAGAACUCUGUUUGGGUGUGUGUGCGCGCAUGUAUGUGUUUCUUUUACUGUCUAUCAGUUUCAGGAGGUUCACGCACCAAAUUAUCUUUGAAGAAAAUGAUCUUGUUGGAUGAAGAUCUAGCUCAGAUUCAUUUUUGUAUCAUGUUAAAAGUGGAGGGGGGGGUUCUGUUACUGAUUAUGCAGACUAGAAGCAACUUUCAUGCUAGGAAGCUGCUUAAUGUAUAUUACUCAAGCACCUUUUUGGAAGCUCAGAAAGAAAGAUCAUGCUUCUUUAAAACUUUAGCUUUAUAGAAAUAUCCAUGUAAAUAUCGUUAUGCUUAAAAAAAGCAUUUGUGUGUCUCUGCGUGUUUAAGUGUUUGUGUAUAGUAUUUUAUAUAUACAUACACAUAUGUAUAUGUGUAUGAAUAUAUACAUAUAAAAUACACAUAUACUCCUACUAUAUAUGUAUAUAUGUAUAUAUACAGUAUAUAUAUGCUAUUUAUAUAUACAGUAUAUAAUCAGUAUAAUUUUGUAUUUUCCCUGUUGAAUGUAUUUUUAACUGAGAUUUUACCCAGAACAAAAACACAGGCAUUCCAUAUUAUUACUUAACUUUGCGUGUUUAGAAAGACAAGAUGAGGUUAUCUCAUUUUAUCUAGUUUUAUUUGAUUUGGAAGUGUUAGGAUGCAAAUGAGUGUGGGUGUGUGCGCGUGCCCUUGUGUUUGCAUACAUAUCCAGUGUGUGCACAAUUUUAGCAGUAAGCAUUAGUAUCGCUACUUGCUACAUUUCAGGGUGUGUGUGUGCGUUUGUUUUUUUUAUCCUGCAUGGCCUUAAAAAGGCUUAAAACUCAAUGCAUUGGCUAGAGACACUGAUAAUGUAUAGGCAGCACUCCUCAAUUCCACAGAAUAGCAGUAUCUGCAUUUGGACUUAUUUCAUAAUAGUUGUUUGAAGCAGCUAUUAAAAUAAAGUCCACAACUCACUGAAGGUUUGUUGCAGCUUGACUUGUAACUUUAACUGUACACACAACUUUAACUUUUCCAAACAGGUCUUGGCACUUUUAUACUAACUGCCCAGUUGUGUGUUGCCUCUUACUUUCACAAUUGCUUGUCCUGAGACACAGAUACCCAAUAUGUUUAAUGUGAAAAGAAAAUGUAUUUUUUGUAAAGGAACUCUCAAGUAUUGUUGUAAAUACUUGGUCAGAGAUUACUGAACUUUAAAACUGAAAAACCUAAUUUAUUAUAUGACCUAAUUUAUUAAUCUGAAGAUUAUCAAAUAUCUUGUUUUAGACUAUCACAAAGUGUUCUAGCUGUUUGUGUCAAAGAGAAAAGGUGUAUCAUAAAGGCUCAGUGUUUUUUUUCUGUUAUGAAUUCAGUUUCCAAAAGAA